UGAGUUGUUGUGAAAAGGAGAAGACAGCAGUGUUCUCAGUAUGACUUGGGUUCUACACGUUCUAGCAUGGCACACCUGUAAAAUUCCUAUCUACCUGCCAGCCAGGUGUGACGCUGCACGCGGAUGGCACUGUAGUGUUUCCUGAACAACCUUAAUCUGCACCAGGCCUGUGUUUGUGCUGCCUUUCAUGAGUGUGAAGGUGCUGAAGGUGCCUUUCUUCAUGCUCACAUCCCUGUGAAUGAAAUUGGCAUGAAAAUUUCUGUGGGCAGAGUAUGCUGCAGAAGUAUCUGACUAUGACGGGGACUGGGCCUCUUGCUUUGUCUGAGCAAACUCUCUGCAGAACAUGAGAAUAAAAGGCACUUAACGUUCUGGCCAAAACCAGAAGUCUUUCAUUCUUAAAUGUUAUCAGCACACUGAAACAGAACUGAAAUCAAAGACAAGUGCUCUCUUUUGCAGGUGUACAUUGAACGCCUUUUAACGAAUGCUAACAUCGAUCUUUGUCCUACUAAUUGGAAACAAAUUGUCUACGGAGCCAUGCUUCUGGCCUCCAAGUUUUGGGGAAAUCGUCGUCACUGGAGUGCGGAUGACAGCCAGAAUCCCAAGGAUGUUGCAGUUGAGACAAUGAGUAAGAUGGAGAAGAGUUUUUUGGAGCUACUUGAGUUUAAUAUUCAUGUGUCUGCCAGUGUUUAUACAAAAUAUUACUUUGACCUGCGUGCCUUGGCAUACGACCAUGACCUGUGUUUUCUAUUUAGUUUUCUUCGCAAAGAUAAAGCAGAGAGAUUGAAGGCUAUGUCACCACCAUGUGAAUACAAAGACUUGCAUCAAGAUGUUGCCACUAUGAGAAGGGCCGCCAGCAUGGAUUUCAUCGCUCUUCGUCAUACUAAUGCCAUCUUACCUUAAAAACAGAAAUUAGCAUUAUGAUCCUGGACUUCUCAACUCUAAAGACUACAA